AUGAAGCGAGCGCGAUAUUGGAUGUGGGCAAGUAGCAAAAGCAUUUUAGAGUCUAGUUCUGCUCUACCGGCCGACAGUUCAUGGGAAGAGGAAGCCUUUGCAGAAGAUGCGGCAGGGCCUUUUGGUGGCUUCAUUUGGCCUCCAAGAAGUUACAGUUGCAGCUUCUGUGGAAGAAAAUUUAUGUCAGCCCAAGCUCUUGGGGGGCAUAUGAAUGUCCACAGAAGGGAAAGAGCUAAACUGAAGCAGUCCCCUAUAUCCCAUUCACCGUCAUCUAAUUCUGCAGCUUCUUCUAGAUCUUUAAACAUCUUAGAAUCAAAGAUUGAAGAAGCUUAUACAAAGAAGCAAAGUAAUAUCGUCGAACCUUAUGAUUGGCCUAUUAGCUUGAGUUUAAGUGUUGGCUUGGGAAGAAGUGAGACGGAUUGCAGCAAGAAAAGGAGAACCAGUGGAUUAUCAAUGCCUUUUUUUCUCAACACAACGACUGAGGAAUUAGAUCUUGAGCUAAGGCUUGGACAUGGCCAGCCAAAUUAA